CCCCAGCCUGCGGGGAUGGAACUAUCCCGAAACCAACGGGCCGCGAAGCGAAACGGAUCUAUGAGUGAGCAGCUGAAGCGCGACUACGAAAUCGGCGAGGAGAUCGGCCGCGGCCGCUUCGGCGUGGUCCACCGCUGCGUCUCCCGCGCCACGGGCGAGCCCUUUGCCGUCAAGUCCGUCGACCGCUCCGCCCUCGCCGACGACCUGGACCGCGCGCUGGCGGAGCUGGAGCCCAAGCUGGCGCAGCUGGCCGGCGCCGGGGGCGCCAACCCGGGCGUCGUGCAGGUGCGCGCCGUGUACGAGGACGACGCCUGGACGCACACCGUCAUGGACCUCUGCACGGGGCCCGACCUGCUCGACUGGGUCCGCCUCCGCCGCGGCGCGCCCGUGCCGGAGCCCGACGCUGCGCGCGUCGUCGCCCAGCUCGCCGAGGCGCUCGCGGGGUGCCACCGCGCCGGGGUGGUCCACCGCGACGUCAAGCCCGACAACGUCCUCCUCGACCUGGACGACGACCCCGCCGGGGAGGGUGCGCCCCCGCGGGUGCGGCUCGCGGACUUCGGGUCCGCCGCGUGGCUCGGCGGCGGCGGCGGCGAGGGCGCGCGGCGCGGGAGCGUCGAGGGGCUCGUGGGCACCCCGCACUACGUGGCGCCCGAGGUGGUGGCCGGCGGCGAGUACGGCGAGAAGGUGGACGUGUGGAGCGCCGGGGUGGUGGCGUACGUGCUGCUCUCCGGCGGCGCGCUCCCGUUCGGCGGCGAGACGCCCGCGGAGGUGUUCGCGGCCGUGCUGAGGGGCAGCCUCAGAUUCCCGCCCGCGCUCUUCGCGGGGGUCUCGCCGGCGGCCAAGGACCUGAUGCGCCGGAUGAUGUGCCGCGACGCCUCCAGAAGGUUCUCCGCCGAGCAGGUCCUCAGGCACCCGUGGAUCCAGAGCGGAGGUGGCGCCCGAGAGGUGGUGCAGCCGACCUGAAUCCAUGCCGAAGCCGACCUGAUGGAUCGUGUGUUCAUCGACCUGGAAUUUUUAGUAUCCUACGAGUUUUGUCCAUAUCAGUCGACGUCUUUGUAUAUCCAGUACGCGACCUGCGUCGAGGAGUGGUGCGGAGACCGCCGCUUCGCUGCGCGUCCGGGAGUGACGGUGAUGGCUUCACCUGGCCCGUUUUUCUCUUUCGCUUUUGGGCCUUUUUUCGGCCGCCCUAUCUGCUUGAGAGAGCAAGCACCUUGCAGUAGUUUUAAGAACGUGAGGCGAUGAUGUGUGUUCGUAUGUGUAACAGCGCAUGUAAAAAUGAAUAAGAAGUGCUAGUGGAUUUGAGCUUCCUCAA